AUGUCAGACACUUUGUCCGCAUACACCCAGAAUAUCAGUCCGCCAUCUCCGAGUCUACUCGAGUCCUUUCCCUUCCUCUCUGAGGACUUGCCUUGGCCUGGUGGAAUGGAUCUAUCGGCCUGGCCGCCGCAUAAUCUGCCCACGACUCCACAAUCGACAGUUUGGCUCGACCCGGCCGUGCUCGAAUCCAUGACACGAUUGAGCAAAGGAACAGAGCCGCAUAUCAUUCCAGAGAGUGUGGCGACCGUCACCGACGAUGAGCAGCUGCUUCGUCUUCUUGCGAUGCAGAAAACAUUGGUUCAUCUCCUUCAAGUGCUCCGCAGCCGCGAGAAAAUGCAACAGAGGUCUUUCCACCCUCCGCUUUCCGAUAUUAUCGACGACGCUUACGGGAUCACGGGAGAGCUUGUGGACAUUGUCCUCGACUUAGCACACGUCAGCGCCGAAGAGAGGAAUCGAACGACCCUAGACAUUCGCUCUCCACCCAGGCCGGACUUGUUAGGGGGCUCUCUCGUCAUACCGCAGCCAGACGUGGCCACCAUACUCCUUGUCCUGAGCUGCUACUCAAGCUUGAUUAGCAUUUACAGCUUGCUGGCGGAUUUGCUACAAAAUCAUCUCUCUCUUACGCCCAGUGGUGAAGAGUCAGUGCGCAGUCCAGAAUCCUCCGACCUUCCGUCUUCCCCAGAUAACGUGGCAUUGCUACCUUUGCCUAUCAUCAGCAUUGGUCGCUUGAAGCUAGCAUUGCCGCAGAGUGACAUUGCCGGAAUUGACCUUCGGAUUAUCCCCACGAUCUUGCACCAUCUAAAGAAGGCGAUGGAAGUUGGCGCAGCGAGACUCUACCACUCUACCUCCCCGGGGAACACGGGAGUCGAGGAGCGGGCACCUGGUUCAGGAAAGCUAGAGCCCUUGGCUAGUUUCAUACACAUAGCCUUGUCCGGACUGGAAUUGCAAAAACGUUACAAUUGA